UCUGUUCUCCCUUUGUACUGGAAGUGCUUUUUGACAAUGGCAUCCAAAGCUCUUCAGUUACUAAGAGGCAAAUCUUGUAAAGCAUUGAAAGACGGCUCUAAAUGUGUGGCUGGUUAAAAGGGGCCUUGUUCUAUCAGGCCAUGUUGCUUGCUGUGAUCUGACAUACUGGUUUCCAGACACUUCAAUUAUGUAACUGCUCUGCUAAGUACUUUCAAUCAGAAAAGAAAAAAAAAAACAAAACCAACCCAAAACCCAAAUGCAUUCUAAUUAUAACACAAUGGGGAAAAAAGUCAGCUUACCUGGCUGUUCUGGUUUGAUUCUGUUCCAGACUGCUUAUGUGAUGUUCUUUAGCACUUCUGUGAAAAAGGGGAACAGAUGUGUUUACAUGUUAAUGUUACAGUAUUUAUUUUUACUCUAGCAAUAUCAAAAUGGCCCAACUAAAUAAUCAGAGACUGCCUCCUGAUGAGGAGUAUCCGGACGUGAGAAGCCACAACAACCACAUGGCUAAAGUUCUAACCCUGGAUUUAUACGAGAAACUGAGAGACAGAGUCACACCCAGUGGCUUCACCCUGGAUGAUGUCAUUCAGACUGGGGUUGAUAAUCCUGGCCAUCCCUUCAUAAUGACAGUAGGAUGCGUAGCUGGUGAUGAAGAAUCCUAUGAAGUGUUUAAGGAACUCUUUGAUCCAGUUAUUGAAGACAGGCAUGGUGGCUACAAACCAACUGAUCAGCACAAGACUGACCUGAACGCUGAUAAUUUACAGGGAGGUGAUGAUCUGGAUCCGAAUUAUGUGCUAAGUUCCCGCGUCAGAACUGGUAGAAGCAUCCGUGGAUUCUGUCUUCCCCCGCACUGCAGUAGAGGAGAGAGGCGGGCUAUUGAAAAGCUCUCCGUUGAAGCUCUGGGUAGCCUGGAAGGUGAUCUCAAGGGCAAGUACUAUGCUCUGAGGAACAUGACUGAAGCAGAGCAGCAGCAGCUGAUUGAUGAUCACUUCUUGUUUGACAAGCCAGUUUCUCCUCUUCUGUUGGCAUCUGGGAUGGCACGAGAUUGGCCUGAUGCCAGGGGUAUCUGGCACAAUGAUAAUAAGACCUUCCUUGUUUGGAUCAAUGAGGAGGAUCACCUUAGAGUUAUUUCCAUGCAGAAAGGUGGCAACAUGAAGGAAGUAUUUACCCGCUUCUGUACUGGGCUAACACAGAUAGAAAAUCUCUUUAAGUCCAAAAACCAUGAGUUCAUGUGGAAUCCACACUUGGGCUACGUCCUGACCUGCCCAUCCAACCUUGGAACAGGGCUCCGUGCUGGUGUGCACAUCAAGUUACCAAACCUUGGGAAACAUGAAAAAUUUGGAGAGGUCCUCAAGAGACUGCGGCUGCAGAAACGAGGCACAGGUGGUGUGGAUACAGCUGCUGUUGGAGGAGUGUUUGAUAUCUCCAAUGCUGAUCGUCUUGGCUUCUCUGAGGUGGAGCUGGUGCAGAUGGUGGUGGAUGGUGUGAAGCUGCUCAUUGAAAUGGAAAAACGCCUUGAAAAAGGCCAGUCUAUUGAUGACCUCAUGCCAGCUCAGAAAUGAAGCACUUUAUUUUCAUGCUUCCUAACUUAUUGGAUGAAUAAUAAAAUGUCACUCCAGUUCAAACCCCUGGGUUCAGAGCCCACUUAGUUACACUGUAGAGAAGUCUUCCAUCCAUCUGUGUUAGAGUUUAUUUUUUUGAUGGUUGAGAUGUUGCUGAAAAUUAAAUAAACUGUUGUUUUGGCCUGAACCGUC